AUGGACCCGGCCACUGCUGUGAACAUCCUCGUCCUAGUCGGCGCUGCAAUCCUACCCUACUUGUGGCUUCAAUAUAGGAACAAGAGAGCGACUUCUAGUAGUCGUUCAGUGCUCCAAGUUUUAUAUUCCGGGCCCAGCAACGCAGCCACUAGGGAGGUCGAGGUAGACAUCGUCGCUGUCCACGGCCUCGGGGCUAACGUGGAUUGGUCGUGGACCUGGACAGACGGAGCCAGCCAUGUUCACUGGCUGAAGGAUCCGAAUAUGCUACCUGCUGUGGUGCCCAAUGCCCGAAUCAUGGUGUACAACUACGAAUCGCGAUGGCACGCGAAUGCCCCGAAAACUCGCCUCUCUCUUUGUGGCAAGGAUCUGGUAGAAAGCCUUUGUUGGUACCGGAAGGACACUACGAACCGCCCGAUAGUUUUUAUCGGACACAGCUUGGGCGGUAAUGUUAUCCAGCAUGGCCUGUUGAACGCUAAUGCAGACCCAGAACUGAAACACUUAGUCGACCGUACCGUCGGCCUCGUAUUUCUGGGAUGUCCCUUCAAAGGCUCUAAGAUGAAGGGGAUAGCUCAACUCAUAGCCCGAAUCAUGCACAUUGCUGGAUCCCAUAUCGGUAUUGUCGGAGCCCUAGGCUACGGCGAUCGCACCUUGCGGGAUAAGCUGAACGAGUUCGGUAAACUCUUGCAGAGAAUUCGAAUCCCGGUGGUCUGCUUCUUCGAAUUGAAAGAUACCGAUUUUGGAAGAAGAUUAGGGAUGCCCCAUCUAAUUAAAGGAAUGGUUGUAGAGGAGGACUCCGCAUGUAUCGACCUUUGUGAUCAUUUCCCGCUCUCGACGGACCAUCUACGCCUGAACAAAUACUCUGGCCCGAAUGACCCUUCUUUCGACAAGGUUUCAGAGAAUAUUAAAAAGAUCCUCCAUCUCGACCAAGAGACAGCAUUCGACAGGCUCCUCCCACACACUGUUGAAGGAGCAUCCUUUGACUCCCACGCCGAAGAAGAGAUCUCAUAUUGCCUCCAAGGCACUCGAAAAGAGCUUCUCCAUGAAAUAUCCAAAUGGGCUGUCGAUGCUCGCGCCAAACCCGUCUUCUGGCUGAACGGCAUGGCUGGCACCGGGAAGUCAACCAUUUCGCGCACCGUGGCACAGUCUUUCUCUAAGAACGGCCAUCUCGGUGGCAGCUUUUUCUUUAAGAAGGGCAUGGCCGAUCGAAGCGGAACAUCCAAGUUCUUCACUACGAUUGCCGCUCAGUUGGUCUAUAAAUCGCCGUCCCUCGCCUAUUAUAUUCAAAGUGCCAUCGAUGCCGAUCCUGCCAUUACGCAAAAGACAAUAUCACAGCAGUUUGAGAAGCUCAUCCUGGAGCCUUUGUUAAAGAUGACUCUAAACACUCAGGCCCCUGCAACGCUUGUCAUUAUUGUCGAUGCCCUGGAUGAGUGCGAGAGAGAGAAGGAUAUCGAGCUGAUCAUCAAACUCUUUUCCCGUGCUAAGGAACUACCGUCUUCGUGUUUAAAGAUCUUUAUCACUAGCAGACCCGAACUGCCUAUACGAUUGGGUUUCAAGAAAAAUCAAGGAACGUAUCAGGAUUUAGUCCUCCAUGAGAUACGCCAAGGUCUUAUUGAUCGCGAUUUGACUAUAUUCCUGGAGCACGAGAUGACCGAGAUUAAAAAAGACUACAACUUGGGAAACGAAGAUCAACAACUGCCUGUAGAAUGGCCAAGCAAAUCAGAUAUCGAGACUUUAGUAAAGAGGGCAAGUCCUCUCUUCAUUUUUGCCGCCACUAUCUGUCGUCUCCUUAAAGAAUGGAAUUACAGCGAUCCCCAAGAACAACUUCGAGAGAUCCUAGCCUAUAAAUCAAGAAACAAGCAGUCUAAGCUUGAGGCUACAUACAUGCCUGUCCUGGAACGACAACUUAUCAGACUUGACGAAAGUGACAAGGAGAAGGUCUUAGAAGAGUUUCGAGUUGUUGUUGGCUCGAUCGUUAUCCUUGAGAAUCCCCUCUCUACCCAUGCUCUAUCGCAGCUACUUGACGAAGAUGAGAAGAUGAUUAGUAAUAGACUGCUUCAUCUUCACUCGGUUCUACAUGUCCCGUCCCCUCCCGGCUCUCCCGUCAGACUCUUUCACCUGUCGUUCCGGAAUUUCCUAGUGGAUCCCGAAAGGCACAAAGACCAGUUCUGGGUGGAUGAGAAAGAAUCCCACAAGUGGCUAGCUACGAACUGCCUGCGCGUAAUGAAUAAAUCCCUUCGGACUGAUAUCUGUGAGGUUCAGGCGCCAGGAACACCUCGUUCAUCGAUAGACCCACAGAGAAUCAGCAAGUAUUUACAGCCAGAAGUCCAGUACGCUUGUCAGUUCUGGUCGUACCAUCUACAGCAGGCCGAAAUGAAAGUAUCGGAUGGGGAUGAGGUGUGUGACUUCCUGACCUGCCACUUCCUUCAUUGGUUAGAAGCAUUAAGUUUGAUGGGAAGAGUUUCGGAGAGUCUGCAGGCGAUUAAGGCGCUACGAGCCUGUGCUCAUUCGGACGCAACUAAGACUCUUGACUUCCUAAACGAUGCUAACCGCUUUGUCCUUGCUAUGACCUCUAUUAUCCAACAGGCGCCUCUCCAGGUAUACGCGUCAGCGCUCGCGUUUACGCCUCGGAGGAGUACGAUUCGAACUGUUUUUGAAAAAGAUAUGUCUAGCUGGAUAUCUAUCGUAUCAGGAGUACAAGAUAGCUGGGGCCAGUGCGUACAGACGCUCGAGGGCCAUAGCGACUUCGUCAGCUCGGUGGCCUUCUCGCCCGACUCGCAGCUCGUGGCCUCGGCCUCGCACGACCGCACGGUCCGGCUCUGGUCGGCGGCGACGGGCCAAGAACUCCAGACGCUCGAGGGCCAUAGCGACUUCGUCAGCUCGGUGGCCUUCUCGCCCGACUCGCAGCUCGUGGCCUCGGCCUCGGUCGACCGCACGGUCCGGCUCUGGUCGGCGGCGACGGGCCAAGAACUCCAGACGCUCGAGGGCCAUAGCGGCUUCAUCAACUCGGUGGCCUUCUCGCCCGACUCGCAGCUCGUGGCCUCGGCCUCGGUCGACCGCACGGUCCGGCUCUGGUCGGCGGCGACGGGCCAAGAACUCCAGACGCUCGAGGGCCAUAGCGGCUUCAUCAACUCGGUGGCCUUCUCGCCCGACUCGCAGCUCGUGGCCUCGGCCUCGGACGACGGCACGGUCCGGCUCUGGUCGGCGGCGACGGGCCAGUGUUUGCAGACAGUAGAAACUGGUAUAAUCCCUUCCACCUUGUCUUUUGAUUCUAGAGGUUUUUAUCUCUAUAUGGAUUCUGGUGCUAUUUCUCUUCAAGGUCCACUAGAUCCUAUUAGAGCGACAGAAUCUAUAACUACUAGAUCUUCGAAAUCAUUUUCCAGUCAGAUCUUAGCUGAUAACGGUCAAGAUCGUCGCUCUGGCUACGGCAUAAGUAAGGACCGUUGCUGGAUAACUCUGCACGGAAAAAACUUGUUCUGGUUAACAGCAGAUUCUCGACCAGUUUCUUCAGCUGUGUCUGGUUCUACCGUAGUGAUUGGAUGCGUUUCUGGAAAAGUCAUUAUUUUGCGGUUUUGUGAGGAUAAACCAGCGCUCUGGUCCAGUAUUUAG